CUCUCUGCAGAUGGACGGUGGACCAGGGGACUUGUCGGGGUCCUCUGAGCCACCAACGUGGGGCUGAGGGGCCUGGCACCCCCAGAUGGCCACGGCCACGAGUGGGCCCUGGGGGUGAGGAGGAGACGUCCCGCAGCAGUCAGGGAUGGAGCGAUGGGCAGGUCCAAGGAAGAAGGACUUGUGGCUCUGCUGAUAGGAUAUUUUAGACUCCCUCCCUUCUGGGACUGCUUUCCUUUAAAAAGGGGAAGGGGAAAACUAUGACACGGAUUCUCACGGUGAAGCAGAGGAAAAUGUGCAUUCCAACGACACGUUGCUAAUUGAUCCUGCAGGGAGACUGUCCUCACCCUCUUUUCUGCCUCUGCUAUGGACACUUCUGCUUUCAGUCUCCCCACGCCAACAGUGUCAGAGGAGGGGAAUGCCUCUGGUAGCUGGGCAGGCUUCACCACCCCCAACAGCUCCACCACCACCACCAGCCCUGGUGUGGUUGUCAGCGGUAUCCUCAUCCCCAUGGUCUACCUCAUCGUCUGUGUGGUGGGGCUAAUUGGGAAUUCUCUGGUCAUUUAUGUUGUCUUGCGACACUCCGUCAGUGAAUCAGUGACCAAUGUCUACAUCUUGAACCUGGCCCUAGCUGAUGAACUCUUCAUGCUAGGUCUGCCCUUCCUGGCAGCACAAAAUGCCCUGUCCUACUGGCCAUUUGGGUCCUUCAUGUGCCGCUUGGUGAUGGCCGUGGAUGCCAUCAACCAGUUCACCAGCAUCUUCUGCCUGACAGUGAUGAGCGUUGACCGCUACCUGGCUGUGGUCCACCCUGGGAAGUCCUCCAAAUGGCGAACAGCACGAGUGGCCAAGGCUGUGAGUGCCACUGUGUGGAUGCUGUCAUCCAUAGUGGUGCUGCCCGUGGUGGUCUUCUCAGAUGUACCUUUAGGUAUGAACACAUGUCACAUCCAGUGGCCAGAACCUGCCUCAGUUUGGCGAGCUGGCUUCAUCAUCUAUACUGCCACCUUGGGCUUCUUUGGGCCACUGCUGGUGAUUUGCCUUUGCUAUCUUCUCAUUGUUGUGAAGGUCCGUUCCUCUGGCAGAAGGGUGAGGGCUCUGUCCUCUAAACAUAAGCUUUCGGAGCGCAGGGUGACUCGCAUGGUGGUGACUGUUGUGGCUGUCUUCGUCCUCUGCUGGCUCCCCUUCUAUGUCCUCAACAUAAUCAAUGUUGUUUGUCCACUGCCAGAGGAGCCGUCCCUCUUCGGUGUCUAUUUCCUCGUGGUGGUGCUGCCGUAUGCCAAUAGCUGUGCCAAUCCUAUCAUCUAUGGCUUCCUCUCCUACCGCUUCAAGCAGGGCUUCCGAAGGGCCAUCUUCAGGCCAUCCCGCCGUGUCCAGAGCCAGGAAGUGCCAGAAUGUCCCCCAGAGAAGUCUGAUGAUGGAGGGGAAGAGAAGGAAAUCAGCAAGAUCACCCAGAAUGGCAAUGACAGAGAGGAACGCCCUCUAAGCAGCAGGGCAGGAGAAAGAAAUGGGCAAAAACCACUCCCCGAGGAGCCUGUGGGCUGUGAGAAGAGCAGCAAGUUGCAUGUCAGCUAUUUAUGAUGAAAGGGAUGGUGCAGGGGAAAGACACGCUGGGACAUGGGAUCCCUUUCACCCCCUGUGCUAUCUUAUCUCAGAGACAGUGGGAGAGAUUGAUACAAGACAAUAUUAAAGAUUAUGCUUAAAGAUGAAGAGGGCUCCAUGAGCUUGUGGAAAAAAAAGCAAAGCAUUGUACUCGGCUUUGGAAGGAAUACCUAAGUUUUGUGUGGCAAGAAGUAAAGGAAGGGCUGGAUCUAGGGAGAGCUGAACAGGAUAUGGGAACAGGCAGUAUGGAGAGAGCAUGGCCUGUCCUAUGCGGCAUGAUCCAACCUUCAAUCACCCACCUAUGAAGAGCAUCAGCUACCACGUGACUGGCACUUCAAGAGAGUUCUCAAAUAGGUAUAUGUGAUGUGUGCCUCUGAAGAUCUAGAACAGGCAUCCCAGUGCCUUGGUUAUCCUCCUUGUGGACAUGAGAAGUGGUUUACGCUGGAGGAAGAACAGGAAGGACAAAUGUCUGCAGCUAAAAGCCACCAGCAGCCUGUUCCAUGAAUGGCUGACAUUUUUCUAGCUCUUCAAAAAGUCUUAGGGACAACUUACCCCCUCACUGGUCCUGGCUGGAGACCACUUGAUGAUGAGAAUUACUUGGCAGUGCAAAUGGGACAUUUCUUUCCCAAAAUCUACAAACUUCAAGCUCUUCUGGUGACUGCACCCUGAUGGGAGGUGUAACAAGAGUAGAAAAUAAGCCAGUGAGGCAUGGGUUGGAGGCAGGGUUUCUUAUAAACUGAAAUGCCUUUUCUCUUUUUCUCUCCCUCAGCCUGGCUGUAAAUAAACAAAAUGCCUUUGGACUUAAAAGCCAA